AUGACGCUGCCACUUCCGGCAAACUACUUUAACCUGCCGUCGCUCACAGCCAUGGAGCGCCACACCUUGGCGCAGUUGGCAUCAAUCGUGUGCCGAGACACCAUCGUCAAUGCACUCUCAGUCCAAGCCGCGCCCAUCAUCCAAGUCGUCGAGAGCCCCUUCACCAAGCGAAAGGCGCGGCUCAGCCAAGCCACGGAUUGCAGUACCGAGGCCGAUGCAGUGUGCGCGUACACGCAGCUCCGCGCGUCGCUGGACGACAUCAUUGCUAUCUUCGACAUUGACACACCCAAGAAGAUGCGCGAGUACGCCAGUGCGAUCGAGACAAAUAUCGUCGACCGUCAACGCCUCCUUACGCUUGCGCACCAAACGGCUCCGCACCACGCGGUGACGCUCAACUGGGCAGCAACCGCAUGCCCAUUUGGCAUGGCCAACCGCGACGCGUGCUUCCUCGAGUGUCAAGACGAGUUUUCGUAUGCCGACCCGGAGAAACCGGUGCAGUGGCGAGGCUUUGUCCGAGCACUCCACUCGGUUGAGCUGGACGCGUGUCCAUCCUUGCGUGCGUCGCACGAUCUGGUGCGCGCGAGCAUCGUCCGGAGCGGACAUGUGUUUUUGGAGACAUCUGAGCCCGGCGUCCUCGACUGUUACUUGGUGAAAGCCGUCGAUCUCCAGGGCAAUGUACCCCGCCUUGCCAACGUCGCAUGGCUUCGUCGCGAGUGCGCCAAGAUCUUGCGGCUCGAAGAAUCACUGCAGCUUGCGCGCAUGCAAACCCAGCUGUUGACCCACGGCUUGGCGCAUGUCCGCGCGUACGGUGACAAGUCGCAGCGGCGUGUGUGCGCACAUUGCGACCGAGGGUUCUCGUUUCUGUCGCGCCGGCGGCACUGCGAGCUCUGCGCCGAGGCGGUAUGUCGGCGUUGCUGCUUCAAGAUGCCCAUGGUCUUCCGCGGUCACAGUACCCAAGUUGUCGUCUGCCAGUUUUGCUACAACGGCCGGCAGCACGUCCAGCCGCUGCCCCACCGCCACCACGGCGUGACGACCAAGUGGCUCGCCAACAGCAUACAGCCAGGUGCAGCGUCACUCUCGAGCCUCUCGGAGGCGGCGGCGUCACCGCAGAACGACGGACUAGAUCACGUGCCAUACCACGUGUCGAUUCUAAGCAUCGUCGAUACGCUGGAUCUCGGCAGCUCAUUCUGCUCGUACCUCGAGACGGCGCCGAUGGACCCAACGUCAGCCUUUGCAAGGACGCUCAAGCUUGAAGCGGCGUCGCCACCGCGCAGAUCCCUCUUUGUUUAGUCUUGCGUGCAGCGUACGUCCAUAAAGUACGCAAUACAGUGGACGUUUGAG